GUCUAUGAUUUCCGUUAAUUAUUGAUAUCUCGCCCUAUAAUUCGAAUAUAUGCGUGACUUAUCAUAAUGAACAGCUUUCUGUCCACUUAUAUAUAUGCUUUUCUGCUGUGGAUUUAUUCUGUGAGGUCGAAGACAAUCAAAAUUGACACACAGGAUUGUUUUGGAUUGCCAGAAAAUCCAUUCAUUAUCUUUGGUGCAGUGGUUUCACAUACACGCGCAAUCGGCAGAACUCUGUGUUAUUUCCAACCGUCAGAACAAAAUCAGUAUUUGAGUAUUUAUCCUACGAAAUUAGUAUUACCUAGCCAAUUUGGAACGUGUCCAGUUAUACAGAUCAAAGAAUUCACAUCUGUUAGAGAUGAACUAAUUGAUAAUAGUGACGUAAAUAUGAUUAUACCAAUGAAAGUCCCUGAUGAUACUAAGUUAAUUUUUCAAGCCAACUGUACGAAUUAUCCUUCUAUGCUAGAUAAAGUCGUGCAUACAUCAUCAUCAAAUCUAAAAAUACAAAUUUUAUUUGACCCAGCUAAUUCUGCUGCAUCAGAUGUUGCCUAUCAAUUUGUAAUAUCAUCAUACGCGGGAGAAUCUAGAAGUAACUACACAACUGAAAAAACUGAGUUCAGUGUCUGAAUGACUGGUGAUAAUGAAAAUUACUAUUUUUUAUUGAAAUAUUUGUUCUACAGUGUUAUAUCCGAGCGAAGAUUAAAUCACGAAUAACUUCUGAGAAUUAUUAAUGGACUAAUAUUAUUUAUAUAUUCUUAUGGUAUAACUAUUCAAUAAUUAGAUUAUGUAUAUUUAUAUUCCUCUUAUUGUAAGCUUUAUUUUGACCUGUGAGUUAUUAUUGUACGAUUUACUGUUCUUAAGCCAUGUUCAGUUUAUUGACUACUGCCUCCCACGUUCACAGUCAUUUUUUGGCUUUAUUGUGUAUGAAUGUUAUUUCCUAUUUUAUGGUGCGUUGCGGUCUGUUUGGUUGAUAUAUAAACCCAGUAUGUCUGAAAUAAAUGAUUCGAUUCGCAUAGCGGGAGCUGGUAUUGGUGUUCUGGACUCAAGUGGACGGGCUAGGCGGACAUAGGACCAAUAAAGACGCUGGGCUGCCCAUACCGGUCGAACGUCAUUGGUUUGGCACAGUGCUAAGAUUGUAUAAGUCGUAUUUUGAUUGGUGGAUUGAUCACGUGAUAAGAGGCCGGACCAAAAGUCACAACAUAGAGUAUUAUUUCUUGCAAUCUUUUUCAUUUAAUUCUAGUAAUUAUUAUCAGUCUUUCAUUCACAGUUUAGUAAUACUCCUUAGUAGGUUUGUCAAAUCCUAAAACCUCUCUGUUAUUAAUGCAUAA